AUGUCUUUGGACGAAGCAGCUCUCGAGGCAGUUGCCAAUGGCGGCUCGAUAGAUGUAGAGAAAUGGGCGGGCAUGGUCCCAUCGUUAUUGGACCGACUGGAAUACAUUGCAUACAAUGCAUUCCCCAUGCCUAAGCUACCCCCGACGCCUCCCAACCCACCACCCUUCUCCCAGACCUCUACCCAGCCUGAGGAUUCUAGUAUGGCCCCACCAGAAAGCAGCAAUAAGGAGAACACAGCCCCGGAAGAAUCGCAGACAUCAUCGGCCCCGGCGCCACCCCAGCCCUCUUCGCAACAGACCGUCGACGGUCUGCCACAGCCCCUCGCACUUCUGUUGAAGUCUGUUCGCUCUGCAAUCAAUUCUUUCUUCGUGGAUAAGCCACCGCAUACAAUCCAGCGAUUUGCGGAGCUCAUUCUGCACCCGACUGCCCAUUACAGAACAUUACCUGCCUAUCUUCGUGCGGUCGAUCGGGUGGUUUCUGUAACUAGUGGCGCGGAUAUCUUCCCGUUCAAUACACCGGCCACUACUGACUAUUCGAAUGGUCUUCUGCACCCAACAAACAGUGCCGGGACAUACCUUACUCCUGACUAUGCGCAUGGUCUGGGGAGUGAUGAAUCUCUGGGCGGUGCUCUUCUCACGCCAAUUCCGUGGUUGACUACUGCUUCAUUCGAUAGUGCUGACUCUGGCGCUUUAGAAGUUGCAGGCGAGAGCGUCCAUUUAGAGACCCAGCAAGUUGGCAACGGUGCAGCUACCACAGUGGCAUCUACAAUUGAAGGCGAAGAUGCACCGGCUACAGUCGCUUCCCCGAAUGCGGAAUCGGAUGAAGUUCCCCAUGCUCGUGGUCCAUCGGUCCUCGGUGUUGAGGAUUUGGGUCUUCAGGAUGGAAAGGGUGUAGAAAUGAACUUGGAAGCUCAGCAAAUAGCAUCCACAGAGGAUGCUAAUGACGAGACUCCAGCCAACCUCGGAGCUGCCAUCGCAGCCAAAACAGACAUUGAAUCUAACCCUGCCGACAAGGAUGGUGAUAUCGUGCUUGAGGAUACCAAGUCUAGCCAAGAAGAGGACACUAAGAUGGAUGAAACAGAAGCUACACCUCAGGCGGGUGAGGAGAAGUCCGAAGCACCUGCCGCUCCCUCUGCUGAGGCUGAGAAGGAGUGA